CGUGGCUGCUCUUCCGUCGUUCCCGCCCCGUGACCCGACCCUCCGUCAGCGCGGGGUUCGGCGCCUUCCCGGGGUAACGGUUCGACCGGCGGCGGCGAGGAGAGAGGAGAGAUUUCAGCAGAGAAGCCGAUCGAAUUAAUGCUUGUCUUCAUACCUGAGGGAUGGAUAAAUUCCAAGUGUGUGCAAGUCAUUAUUUCCUGGUCUGAGUAAUUUAAGCAUAAAGGACAUAUGAGAUGAUGAUAGGAGCUGUUGGGCUGAUCUGUCUGCCUUCUCUCCUGGAUUCUCUCCCAUCUGUCCUGUGGGAUGAGGCAGUGGUGACUCAAGGGUACUCUAGUACUCAUGGGUAAGAGAAAGGAAGAAAGUAUUUCAAAGCCCCGAUCCCAUAAAAGACAGAGACAAGAGUACACAAAUGAACAUAGUGAUGACUCUAAUGAAGAAGAAAAUUUAUCAUCUGAAAGUAAUUUCUCCUCACUGUCUGCUGUUGGAGAAGUUGGGAUAAUUGAAAGUAUCCAGCUGAAAAACUUCAUGUGCCAUUCGAUGUUGGGGCCUUUUCAGUUUGGAUCAAAUAUCAAUUUUGUUGUUGGGAACAAUGGAAGUGGAAAAAGUUCUGUAUUAACUGCUCUUAUUGUUGGACUUGGUGGAAAAGCCACUGCAACUAACAGAGGUUCUGCAUUGAAAAUGUUUGUACGAGAUGGAGAGACUUCUGCAGAUAUUUCCAUAACUUUGCGAAACCAAGGUAGAGAUGCAUUUAAACCAGAAGUGUAUGGUAGCUCUAUUAUUGUGAAUCAGCACAUUAAUCUGGAUGGAAGCAGAAGCUACAGACUGAAAAGCAAAUCUGGAACCUUAGUUUCUUCAAAGAAAGAGGAACUCAUAGGAAUACUGGAUCACUUUAAUAUACAGGUAGAUAAUCCUGUCUCUGUUUUAACCCAAGAGAUGAGUAAGCACUUUUUACAGUCUAAAAAUGAAGGUGACAAGUAUAAGUUUUUUAUGAAGGCAACUCAGCUGGAACAAAUGAAAGAAGAUUAUUCAUACAUUAUGAAAACAAAAGAAAACACAUGUAAUCAGAUAGAACAAGGAGUAGAGCGUCUUCAAGAACUUAAGCUGCUUUACUGUGAAAAAAGGGAACGUUUCAAAAGCAUUGGGUUUUUAAGUGACAUGCGAAGUCAUCUUGAAGAUCUGAAACAUAAAAUGGCAUGGGCAGUGGUGAGUGAGAUGGAAAAAGAAAUACAGCCAAUUAAAGAAGGCAUCGGAGCAGAAGAAGAAAAUGCAAAGAAGUUUAUUCAGAAGAUAGAAGAAUGCCAGGUAAAAGUGAAUGAAGCAGAGAAAAAAUACAAAGCAAUACAAGACAAGUUAAUAACAAUAGGUGAGGAAGCAAAAGCCCUGCAGCCUCAGUGUGUUUCUUUGAAGGCUGAUGUGCAGACAAGAAGAAAAGCAGUCAGUGAAGCUGAGGUACUUUAUAACCGUUUCAAAAUUGAGUUUAAACGUCUGGGAAAAGAUGAUGAACAGCUAUGUAAACGAAUUGAAGAACUGAAAAGCAGUGCUAAUCAGAUUUCAGAGCCUGAAAAAUUGGAAAGACAAAGGAAAAUUGCACACUUAAGGGAACAGUUAAAGGCAUUCCAUGAUGAGGAAAUAAUGAUUGGUCAACAGAUGGAACAGUUUCAACAAGCUAUAUAUAAGUGUAAGGAAGAAAAUACUAGACUUAGGAGAGAAGACUUUGAUGUGAAGCAAACACUAGAGACCAAGCAGAGGCAGCUGAGAGAGCUGAGAGAUAGUAAAACAAAUAUCUUUAAAAGAUUUGGGCCACAUAUGCCAGCAUUUCUGGAAGCAGUUGAAACAGCGUACAGGCAAGGACACUUUAGACACAAACCCAUUGGACCUUUAGGUGCUUUCAUUCAUCCAAAAGAUGCUGAACUGACCUUGGCUGUUGAAUCUUGUUUAAAGGGCCUAGUUCAAGCCUUUUGUUGUGAUAAUCAUAGCGAUGAAAGAAAUCUUCAGCUACUGAUGUUAAAACAUUAUCCACGUGGAUUUAGACCUCAAAUAAUUGUAAAUAAAUUUCGGAAUCAAGUUUAUGAUGUUAGGCACAGUGCAGUUAAUCAUCCAGAAUUCCCAUCAGUUCUCACAGCACUGGAAAUAGAUCAUGCAGUGGUUGCCAAUUGUUUGAUCGAUGUGCGGGGUAUAGAAAGAAUCCUGCUGAUUAAAAGUAGCAGGAUAGCUCGUGAAGUAAUGCAGGGCAAUAAACCUCCCAAAAAUUGUAGAGAAGCUUACACAGCUGAAGGUGAUCAAGUGUUUGAGAGACGAUACUACUCUUCUGAUUACGUCAGACCCAAGUUCCUAAGCAAAGAUGUUGAAGCAGAAAUAAGUCACUUGGAGGAAGAAAUUGAAAACAAAAAGCAACAGAUGACAGCAUCUCAGCAACGUUUGUGUUCCAUUCAAAAUGAGAUAAGGCUGAAUGAAGAACAUCUUCAGGGUCAUCGCCGACACCAAAAAGACCUACAGAUAAAAAUAAGAAGAACAAACGCAGAAAUAGCAGAUCUUGAAAAUAUUGAAGAACACCAGUCAGUGGACAUCUGUGCUUUAGAAGAAGAAGCUGAAGAAAAUAAGGGGAAGAUGGAAUCUGUAAAAAAAGACAUUCAGGAGCAAAGUAGAAAGAUGGAAGAACUGAAAAGCAUUCUUCAAGUAGCUGAAAAAAAAUUUGAAGAAAUGAAAGAAAAAAUCCAUCAAGUAGAAGAAAUUGCUGGUCCAAUUAAGGAUGAAUUAAACGAAGCUGACUCUGAAGUGGGAAACUGUAAACGCCGUUUGCAGCACUAUCAAGACAAACAGAAAGAACACUUGGCUUGCAUAAAAAGACAUAAAGAUUUACUAGCUGCCAAAGAAAAGGAGUUAGAGGAAAAAACUGCACAAGCCAGGCAGAUCUACUCCGAGCGCAUAGAGGUCAGCAGAACUGUCAAGAGUCUGGAUGCAGAAAUGAAUCGCUUGAGAGAGAGGAUAAAUUCAGAAAAUGUUCGCCAUGGAAACAGAGAAGAAAUAGUACAGCAAUUUCAUGAUGCAAAGGAAAGAUAUGAGGAUGCAAACAAUAAAGUAAAGAAUUUAAAGAAGUUUAUUAAGUUGCUGGAAGAAAUUAUGACACAGAGAUUCAAAAUAUAUCGGCAUUUCCUAAGGCUCCUUUCAUUACGAUGCAAACUCUACUUUGACCAUUUAUUACGUAUUCGAGCUUGCUCUGGAAAAAUACUUUUUGAUCACAAGAAUGAGACACUCUCAAUAACAGUUCAGCCUCGAGAGGAAGACAAAGCUGCCCUUAACGACAUGAGAUCUUUAUCAGGAGGUGAACGUUCCUUCUCAACAGUUUGUUUCAUUCUUUCUCUGUGGUCCAUUACUGAAUCUCCUUUCAGAUGCUUGGAUGAAUUUGAUGUCUACAUGGACAUGGUUAACAGAAGAAUUGCCAUGGAUAUGAUUCUCAAGGUGGCUGACUCUCAGCGCCAUCGACAGUUCAUUUUGCUCACCCCACAGACCAUGAGUUCUUUGCCUACAAGUUCCCAUAUUCGAAUCCUCCGAAUGCAAGACCCCGAAAGAGGCCAAAGAACACUGAAAUUCAAAAAUAGGAAUGACAAAGAGCAAGAUGAAUAAGUUCCUCUGUGAAUGACUGUGGCAUACUGUUGAGGAUAAAUGUGUAAUAUGACUGUAAAUUUCUUAACUUCCUGGUGCUGGAUAACAGGAACUUUUGUCAGAUAUUCUGAGAAAAAUAAAAGAGAUUCCUGUUUUGAUUGUUGGUGGGUUUUUUGUUUCGUUUUUAUAAAAAUUACUGUAUAUGUAUACAUGGAGAAUAAGCACAGUUUUGAUGAGAAAACCCUGAAUGUUCAGGGUUGAUGAUUUUAACUACCAACUCGUAGAAUUUUUUUAUCAGUUGUUCGGGUUUUUUUUCUUCUGGAAAAGAUGAACUAUAUUUUGUAUAACCAUGAAUAAUAUUUUAAUAAAGAGAACUGGUACUUGUAAUGUUUCAGUGUUUACACAACUAUAAUUAGAAUUGUUAAAAAUCUUGGUUUCUUCUUAUGUCUGUCUUGUUAAAUGUGUAUUAAAUAAUGUAUGCACUAAAACAUUUAUUUUUUUUCUUGUGGAACCGCAGCAGCUGAACACAGGAAGCUAUUAGUACUUGUAGUGUAUACUAUUGUAAUUAGAGAAGUGAAUUAUUAAUUUGCAGUAUAUUCUCUAGGCAGGAAAAAUGUGCUUUUAUUUCUUCCUAAAUAGUGUGUAGGGAAGAGUUUGAGUUGUACAUGAGCUUACAAAACCCAACAAAUUGUGGCUACAUAAACUUAUAUUCUUAAAUCCCAUAAACUAAGAUCUUGUACAGCUCAAGUUUGCAGGUGUAGAUUUAGUCUGUAGAUAUUAAUUAUACUCUAACAACCUAAAGUGACAGAAUUCCUUCCAGUGUAGAAGAAUGAAGUGAAAUAACAAUUUUGGGAUGUAAUACAGUAACUUUCCUUCAUCAUUAUAGACCUGCGUUUUAUUGGGUGUCCCUGACUCCCCUACCACCCUCUGUUAGAACUGUACCAGAACAGUUAAUUUUAUUUUAACUUGCUUUCUUUAAAUAAUGCAAGCAUUUACUGGGGAUAAAAGGAAGAAAGAAUAAUCAGAAACUUUUUUUUUUCUGUUAUCAUUUCUCUAGAACUUGAAAUUGUUGUGAGCUCUUAAAAAACAAUCACUUUUUAAUCACUUUUUAUUGUUCAGCUAUUAAGUUUGUAUUAUUAUCUUUGUUUGUUUGACAGUAUAGCAAUACAAAAGCCAUUGACGCUGUUCAGAGA